GUGGCGGAAUCCAUCACUCAAUCACAGUGCCUCAAGCCCUAAACGAUUAGUUUCAACGGGGCUACCUCAUCGUCUGACGAGUUUCCUAGAUUCUCGACUGUCGCAUUCUUUAACUUCAAAAGAUGGAAGCAGAAGACGCUCGUCGCAAGGCUGCAAUUGCUGAACACCUUAAAAAGCUUUUACAGCACAAGGAGCUUGAUUCCAGAGUUAGAGGACUGAGGGAGAAUCUACGAAAUGCAAAGAAGGAGUUUGCUAAAACUGAAGAUGAUCUGAAGUCUCUUCAAAGUGUCGGACAGAUAAUAGGGGAAGUUCUGAGGCCUCUUGACAAUGAGCGCUUGAUAGUUAAAGCAAGUAGUGGUCCAAGAUAUGUUGUCGGGUGUCGCAGUAAAGUAGAUAAGGAGAAGCUGACUGCUGGGACCAGAGUAGUUCUUGAUAUGACAACACUCACAAUCAUGCGGGCCCUUCCUCGUGAAGUUGAUCCAGUUGUUUAUAACAUGCUUCAUGAAGAUCCUGGUAAUAUUAGUUACUCUGCUGUGGGUGGAUUGUCUGAUCAGAUCCGGGAACUCAGGGAGUCUAUUGAGCUCCCUCUUAUGAAUCCUGAACUCUUCCUUAGAGUAGGGAUCAAACCCCCCAAGGGUGUUCUUCUCUAUGGACCUCCUGGAACAGGCAAGACACUGUUAGCCAGAGCCAUUGCCAGUAAUAUAGAUGCCAAUUUCCUUAAGGUUGUGUCAAGUGCUAUAAUUGAUAAAUACAUAGGCGAGAGUGCAAGAUUGAUAAGGGAGAUGUUUGGCUAUGCACGUGAUCACCAACCUUGCAUCAUCUUUAUGGAUGAAAUUGAUGCCAUUGGUGGCCGUCGAUUUAGUGAAGGUACAAGUGCAGAUCGUGAGAUACAAAGGACACUGAUGGAGCUUCUCAAUCAGCUUGAUGGGUUUGAUCAGCUUGGGAAGGUUAAAAUGAUUAUGGCAACAAACAGACCUGAUGUCCUGGAUCCUGCACUUCUCCGCCCAGGACGUCUAGACAGGAAAAUUGAGAUUCCAUUACCUAAUGAACAAUCAAGAAUGGAAAUUUUAAAAAUCCAUGCUGCUGGAAUUGCGAAACAUGGUGAGAUCGACUAUGAGGCUGUAGUAAAGCUUGCAGAGGGUUUCAAUGGGGCAGAUCUUCGGAAUGUCUGCACCGAAGCAGGGAUGUCUGCAAUUCGUGCUGAACGCGAUUACGUUAUCCAUGAAGAUUUUAUGAAGGCUGUGAGGAAGCUGAAUGAAGCAAAGAAGCUCGAAUCAAGUUCUCACUACAAUGCAGACUUUGGGAAGGAUUAAGUGGAACCUGCAUGCUUUCAGUUGGUAAAAGCCAGGGAUGCUGGGGGCAUUGUACUCUCUUCUACCGCCUUCAAAAACCC